CGGCCAGUGCAGUCUUUUGGACAGACAGCAAAAAGGUCGAAGUCAAACACAAAGUUAAAGUUAGUUCGGAGCCUUGCUGUAUGUGAAGAAUAUCCACCACCUCCCACAGCUGAAAUAUCACAGGACCUCCAGGAGAAAAUUCAGAUCCAGUUGUCACAGUCUUUUGAAAAAGAAGAAAAGCCUGCGAAAGAUGAAACGGAAAAGGAAAAAUCCAGUGAUAAACUGUCCAGAAAAAUGUUAUCAAGAGAUUCCAGCCAAGAGUAUACAGAUUCCACUGGUAUAGAUCUUCAUGAAUUUUUAGUAAAUACUUUAAAAAACAAUCCCAGGGACAGAAUGAUGCUGCUGAAAUUAGAACAGGAAAUUUUAGAUUUCAUUGGUAAUAAUGAAGUUCCAAGAAAAAAGUUUCCCCCAAUGACAUCUUACCACAGAAUGCUGUUGCACAGGGUAGCUGCUUACUUUGGAUUAGAGCACAACGUGGACCAGAGUGGGAAGUCAGUCAUAGUAAAUAAAACUAGCAAUACAAGAAUACCUGACCAAAAGUUUUGUGAGCACAUAAAGGAUGAGAAAAGUGAUGACUUCCAGAAGCGGUACAUCCUUAAAAGAGAUAACUCUAGUUUAGACAAAGAUGACAACCAGAUGAGAAUACGAUUAAAAGAUGACAGAAGAAGUAAAUCCAUAGAAGAACGUGAAGAAGAAUAUCAGAGGGCUAGAGAAAGAAUAUUUGCACAAGAUUCCCUGUGUUCCCAAGAGAAUUAUUUCACUGAUAAAAGAAUCCAGGAGGAAGAAACUAAUAGUACACAACAAAGACGACAGAUACUUAGAAUCAAUAAGGAAACAUCAGGGAGAUCAGCCAACAGCCAUCAGAGCAGUACUGAGAAUGAGCUGAAGUAUUGUGAACCCCGACCCUGGAGCAGCACCGACUCUGAUAGCUCCAUCCGCAAUCUGAAGCCAGCUGUAACGAAAGCCAGCAGCUUCAGUGGGAUAUCAGUUCUGACAAGAGGAGAUAGCUCUGGAAGCAGCAAAAGCACAGGCAGGCUGUCUAAGACAGGUUCAGAGUCUUCUAGUAGUGUAGGGUCAUCCACGGGUUCUCUUUCUCACACCCAGCAGCCUCUUCCAGUGCCAGCUCUAAGCCAGCCUUCUCAUGGCACGCCUGCCGUCUAUCCAACUGUCAGCACUAGUAACUCUCUUUCCUUUGAUGGUGGCAUAAGCGGGCAAGUGGCACCUACUAGCACUAGCUUCUUUUUGCUUCCCUUGGAAGCGGCAGGCAUACCGCCUGGCAGUAUUCUGAUCAAUCCUCAAACAGGUCAGCCAUUCGUUAAUCCAGAUGGCACUCCAGUUGUGUACAAUCCUCCUAUGCCUCAGCAACCUGUUAGGACCCAAGUGCCUGGACCUCCACAACAGCCACCUCUUCCCGCACCACCUCAGCAACAGCCAGCAGCGAAUCACAUCCUCUCACAGCCUAUGCGGCCUCUGCAGCCUUCUUCCCAGCCUGUUCAGUACUCUGCAGUCUCUUAUCCACCCCCGCUCCUGCCAGUCUCCUCUACACAGCAAUAUUCUGUGCAAGACAACCUAGGAUCACAAUUUAGCCAUAUGAGUCUUGCCCGCCAGCCACCUGCUGAUCCAGCUGAACCUCACACUGCUAUGUUCCAGUCCACUGUAGUCCUCCAGCCCCCACAGCAGUCUGGUUAUAUCAUCGCAACUGCUCCACCACCACCACCCUCUGGCCAACCAGUUUCUGCUCCAGGCUACUCAACAUCUAGCCACCCUGUCAACCAGCAAGUACUCCAGCAGCAGGGAUAUAUGCAGCAACCUGUGCCACAGAUGCCAGCUUGUUAUUGUACCCCUAAUCAGUAUCCACACUCCAGUCAACAAUACCGACCUGUUUCUGUCCAUUACAGCACACAGCAAAACCAACCAUUGGCACAGCCUGGACAGCAGACAGGUUACCACGUUUUGCCUAACCAGCAGCAAAACUACCAGGGUUUAGUUGGAGUUCAGCAGUCUCAGAAUCAAAAUCUAGUCAGUGGCCAACACAACAAUGUUGGGAAUCAAAUUCAAGGUGUGAUUGUUCCAUAUCCUUCAGUGCCAUCUUAUCAGGUUUCGGUGCCUCAAGGUUCCCAAGCAGUGCCCCAGCAGACAUAUCAACAGCCUGUUAUAAUUCCCAGUCAGUCAAAUCAAGGAUUGCCCACAACAGAUUACUACAGUGUCAUUCCAUCAGGUCAACAGAAUAAUUUAAGUUCAUCAGUAGGAUAUUUGCACCCUCCUGGAUCAGAGCAGAUACAGUUUCCUAGAACAUCAUCACCAUGCAACUCACAGCAGCUUCAAGGACAGCAGUGUGCAGUUUAUAGCAACCAUUCAAGUCAGAAGCCAUCACCUCCUACAUUAUUGCCACCUUCAUCAAAGUCAAAGCCACAACAGGCUGCUUCCAUUGUGCACUACAGCAUAGUGUCUCCACCCUCAUCAUGUAAAAGUUUGCCCACUGGUCUUUCCAUCAUGCAGCCAAUAAAAGCAGUAGCACCACCACCAGGUGGAGGAGUAGUAAUGAUGCAGCUAAAUAUACCUAACAAUCCUCAGCCUCGGAACCAUUCACCUCCACAAUGGAAACAGAAUAAAUAUUACUGUGAUCAUCAAAGGGGGCAGAAGUCCGCAGAACUUAGCACUUUAGACAGUGCUGCACAGUUGCAGCAUAGUCCUCAAUUAGGUAGUCCUGUCACCUCACCGGCCCAAUCACCAGCACCAGCUCAGCUAUCGAACAUGAAGAACAUCCGUCCCACAUUAACACCUCUUUCUAUUGUGUCCCAGUUUUCUAGACCUUUUGUCCCUGGACAAGGAGAUGCCAGAUAUCCAUUGCUUGGCCAACCCCUGCAAUACAAUCCACCAUCUUUAUUACGUGGACAAGUAACAAGCCAACAGUGUCAACCUGGAAACAGACAUGGAAACAGGGGAAAGAAACCAGCAAAGAAGGCUGCUUCAGCAGAUCUUGGUGCAGGAGAACCAGUUGUGGGAAAAGUUCUAGAAAUUACUGAACUGCCAGAAGGCAUAACUCGUAUGGAAGCCGAAAAACUAUUUGGAGAACUUUUAAAAGUUGGUGCCAAGAUUCGGUGGCUAAGGGAUUCGCAGUGUCUGCAAACACAGCAGCAGCACCAUCGUCGUUACUGUGGCAGCGCAGACAGUAGCCUGAACACUGAGCCAUCCAAACCUAGUGACUUGGCUUCCACUUACACGGUUCUAGCUACGUUCCCUACAAUGUCAGCUGCUCAGAAUGCAUUGAAGAAACAAAGUAGUACCUCAGUGAACAAGUUCAGGCUGAGAACAAGCAAGAAGCACUACGACUUUCAUGUUCUGGAAAGGGCUAGUUCUCAAUAGCAGUAACAUCAGUGGACACUCAGCCUUUACUACUUCCACGUCCUCCUCUCCUUGAUCGGCUUGAUGUUAUGGGGUUUCUGUUCUCUUCAUAGAGACUCCUGGGAUGUUUUGUCAUAUGACAUUAGCCACUGAAGAAUAAAUAACCCAGUGAUCCAGCAAGAUGAAGAAAAAAAAAUGCAGUUAAUCCCAGACAAUAGCAAGGAAUCAUCUUUGAGACAGGCAGCUUUCUACAAGGAAUGCUGUUGAAAUGCCCCCUACUUUUAUAGUAGUUUUGUUUUAUAUUUUUGAAUUCUUGUAUCAGAUCCAAAGUUCUAUUGUACAGCAAACGUUCAUAAAAAUCCAUAUUCAGAUUUGUAUUUUAUAAUCCCUUUUCACAGCCAGCACACAGCUGUCCAUUCCAAGGCAGGAACCUGAGGAUUGGUGGAGGGGAAAAGAGAACCAUUUUCAAGGAAUUACACUCAUUUUCUAGCAAACUACCCCAAAUCUUCAAGUUAACCUGUUCUUUGUCCCUUGUGGUUUUUUUCUUUUUUCUUUUUUUUUUUUUUAAGAAAAAAAUACAUGUAAUUUUAGUAACUAACUCCUUAGAUGGUAAUUUUCUUUUGAGAUUCCUUCAAGCAAUGUCAAAAGAAAUUACAAGUAGCUUGUACCCUUGAAGGAUUCGCUUCUGAUCCAACAAGUUGAAUAAUUAUUUAAAGGGGAAUAUGAAUAGGUUACAAAGAAUGUUCACUGAAUCACAUUUUAAUAUUUCUUCUUUUUAGCAAAAGUGUGAAGAAACUAAAAUGUAUCUUCACAAGUGACAAAAUGUUUGCACUUUAAUUGUGUUCCCACCAGUAUGGAUCUCUUUCUUUUCCUUUUCACGCUAAGAUAAUUGUGUUUGAUAAGUGCUGGAAACCUUUUUAUGGUUUAAGUUUUCAUCAUUUGCAGAUGCUCACUGGACAUUAAAGAUUCAUUGCACAUAAAUGAAACAAAUUUUUUUCAAUUUGUGUAAUUUGCAAGGCUGUACAAUGUGUGCUGAUGCAAGCCUUUUUCAGUUCAAGAAAAUAAAUGUUUACAAACAC